AUGACCAGUAGCAAGAACAGAGCAUGGAAAACACUGGCAAAAUUGUUUCACUCUGUCAUCCAGACCGUGAAAAAAAGGCAUUUUUCCUCAUACCCAUUGAAACAAUUCUUGAAGGCUAAUGCCUUAAAGGAUUGCCACAGUCCCUUUUGGUGCUUGGAGUUUGUUCUCACAAGUCUCACAUGCCAACCACAGUGGAAAAUUCUUCUGUUCUUAGUGUUCUUGUUAAUAUACCUUAUGACCAUUAUGGGGAACCUUGGUCUUAUCACUCUUAUCUGUAAUUACCCUCAACUUCACAUUCCCAUGUAGGUGUACAUCUUUCUGGGCAACCUGGCUCUCAUGGAUUUCUGCUGCUCCUGCGCCAUCACUCCCAAGAAGCUACAGAACUUCUUUUCUGUGGACAGGAGGAUUUCUCUCUAUGAAUGCAUGGUACAGUUCUAUUUUCUCUGUCUUGCUGAAACUGCAGACUGCUUCCUUCUGGCAGCAAUGGCCUAUGACCUCUAUGUGGCCAUAUGCAACCCACUGCAAUACUACACCAUGAUGUCCAAGAAGCUCUCCAUUCAGAUGAGUAUAGCCACCUUCAUAGCCAGCAACUUGCAUUCUAUGAUACAUGUAGGCUGUCUCUUAAGGUUAACUUUCUGUAAAUCCAACUGCAUUGAUCACAUCUUCUGUGACAUUCUUCCACUGUAUAGGGUGUCCUGUACAGAUCUUUUUAUUAGUGAACUAAUGGUAUAUGUUUUUUCAAUGCCAAUUCAAGUCUUUACUAUUACCACUGUCUUGGUCUCUUAUUUCUGCAUUCUUUUCUUUAUUAUCAAGAUGAAAUACAACGAUGGGAGAGGAAAAGCAUUUUCUACGUGUGCAUCCCACUUCCUUUCUGUGUCAAUAUUCUGCAUCUGCCUUCUCAUGUAUAUUCAACCAUUCGAAGAAGGGAAUAAAGACAUUCCAGUGGUUGUAUUUUAUACAGUUAUUAUUCCUUUGUUAAACCCUUUUAUUUACACCCUUAGGAAUAAGGAGAUUUAA